CAGUCAUUAAAAAUGGCGAGCGCCCAUGAUUCAUUGAAAGCAGACGACACAGCAACAUUCUGCCAUAGCAGGCUGGGCGACGAUCACCUAAUGUCUGCAACGUCACAUCGCCUUCGGGAGAGACGAAAUCUUGGAGUUUCCACGAAGGAUUAUGAGAGUCUGGACUAUGAUAGUUGUUACAACAAGCCCUAUGAAAAACAUUUGACUACACUUUUGGAAGGCCACUCUACAGUCAAACUGGAAGCUGUGAAGUGGGGUGUUACCUUUCUCAUAGGUUUUCUAACGGCCAUGGUGGCGCUCUUUAUCGACGCGGUGGUCAAGAAGCUAUCGAGUCUGAAGUUUGGAACGGUAGACAGAUCUAUCCUGCGAUGCUCUGAGGACGGCUGUUUGGUUGUCUCCCUUGUUCUGCUCCUGUGCUUCAACGUCAGCUUCACUCUUGUCGCUGCCUGCAUCACGGUCUUGGAGCCUGUGGCGGCCGGGUCUGGCAUCCCGGAAAUCAAAUGCUACUUAAAUGGCGUCAGGGUGCCGCAUGUAGUACGACUGAGAUCUCUAGUUGCCAAGGCAAUCGGAGUUCUCUUCAGCGUGGCUGGAGGCUUAUUCGUUGGCAAGGAAGGUUCCAUGAUUCACAGCGGCUCUAUCAUCGGAGCAGGUGUACCGCAGUUUGAGAGUCAGGCUUUUAGGAAGAUAAGCAUCGAGAAAUACUCCUUCUUUCGAAGCGACAGGGACAAGAGAGAUUUCGUGUCCGGAGGAGCUGCAGCAGGUGUCGCAGCUGCCUUUGGAGCUCCAAUUGGAGGAGUUUUAUUCAGUCUGGAAGAGGGAUCGUCCUUCUGGAACCAGAAGUUAACAUGGCGAACGUUCUUUUGUUCGAUGGCAGCAACAUUUUCUCUCAACUUCUUCUUGUCAGGACUAGACAGCAACGUCUGGGGCUAUUUUUAUCUGCCGGGUCUCAUCGACUUCGGCGUCUUCAGGUGCCCUGGCAAGUCCGACGGCGGUUGCACUUUGUGGGGCGCCUUUGACUUGCUGAUCUUCAUCUUGAUGGGCUGCGUGGGCGGCCUGCUGGGCGCCUUGUUUAAUGGCAUCAACUGCCGCCUGGCGGUGUACCGAAUGCAAAACCUCCACAAAAAACGCAGAAUUUUCAGAGUUUUGGAGGUGCUUCUUGUCUCGAUGGUUACCACCACCGUGGCGUUUGUUGCAGCCAUGACACUGGGAGAGUGUCGCUAAAACUCCCAUUCAGGUCUGUCUGCGACCUCUGGUUCUCCAGCCGACGACUCUGUGAACGGAACGGUUCGGACGUACUUCUGCCAGCACGGGUACUACAAUGACAUGGCCACCCUCUUCUUUAACCCGCAGGAAGUGGCUAUCAAGCAGCUGUUUCAUCAAGAAGGCACCUUUGGCAUUCCGUCCCUUGGCAUCUUCUUCCUGCUGUUCUUCCUGAUGUCGUGCUGGACGUACGGGCUGGCAGUUCCCAGCGGACUGUUCGUGCCCGCGCUGUGCGGCGCUGCAUAUGGCCGCCUGGUCGCCAACGUGCUGGAGACCGUCUUCGGCUACUCCAGUGUCUACUCUGGUACUUACGCACUGAUUGGCGCAGCGGCCUUCCUGGGAGGUGUAGUGCGCAUGACAAUUAGCCUCACUGUCAUUUUGAUCGAAUCAACCAAUGAAAUCUCGUACGGCCUACCCAUCAUGCUUGUUUUAAUGGUUGCAAAAUGGACAGGUGACUUCUUCAACAAGGGUCUGUACGAUGUCCACAUCGACUUGAAGGAAGUUCCUAUUCUAGAAUGGGAUAUCCCACCAGACUUUGGAAGACUCAAAGCACGCGAUGUCUUGGACACGUCCCGUCACUUAUCAGUCGUAUUCCCUAAGACGAGAGUGGCGUCCCUUGUGAAGAUCUUGAAGACAACGGCACACCGCGCUUUUCCUGUCGUCAGCAGCACAAGCAGCGAGGACGAGGUCCAGCGGUCAGAAUGCUUUGAGAAUCAAAGGGGCAACAGACCGGCCAACGAGUCUUUCAACGACUGUUCCGAGUGGAAUUCCUCCCAUGAUCCGAGAGAAGGCCAGCCCGGGAGUCCGAGUUACAAAUUUGAAGGACUGGUGCUGCGCGCUCACAUCGCUGUGUUGCUGAAGAAACAAGUCUGGUGUGUAGACGGCCAACAGGCCCCUACCCUGUCUUUUGAAGAGCUGACUGCGGAUUACCCACGAUACCCGGAUGUAUACGAUCUUUUCGAUUUACAGGUCGAAGAUGACGCCCUAGUGGACGUGGCUUACUACAUGAACCGCUGUCCGUACACAGUGUACCCAGAGACACCACUGCCUCAAGUGUUUUCGCUGUUCCGGAGCAUGGGGCUCAGACAUCUGCCAGUAGUCGACCAUGAUGGCAGGUUGCACGGAAUCAUAACACGACAUAAUCUCACACAUAGCUUCAUGGAAACCAUACUUCGACGUCAGAAACAGCAGCAACAGCAACAGCAGCAACAGCAGCAACAGCAGCAUCUGCAGUAUCUGCAGCAGGAGCAGCAACACCAAUAAAUGAAAACAUGUUUACAUGUAUAUAGAUUGUACACUGUUGUUUGUAUACACAUUGGACACUCCAUUGUUGUGAACACAUCAGCGACUGCAGGAACCACAUUUGGAUGAAUGUCCGCACAUCCGAGUAACAAGUCUGUGGUACCCGAGUACCCAGUCUGUCGUUCCGGGUAUCCAAUCAUGCAUUUCGCGAGUAUUUUCUAGUUGUUACAGGUUGUUGAAGGGGUGGAAGUAUGAUUCCCUCCCUUCUCCAUCUCACCGGGAAUAUGUACAAACCUUCGCAGUCCAGCAGCUUCGCCAGACCUCGUCCUCGCUCCGUCAGGAAGAUGUUUGCUGAGGCUGGUCACUGCUGGCAGUUGCUUUAUCACUGUGUCAAAAAUAAUGUUCGCCUGAUUCCAAUCCUGUUUAUGUUUGGAGGAGGCAUUACUUUUUACAAAACACUUCUCACUACGGCAUAUUUCUUGAUUAUUCUAUUAUCAGCUCAUUGUUUGUUUGAACUCUUCUUCUGUUUUCAUUUCCGUCUUUUGAAUAAACACAGCAGUAACAAUGAUAAAACUACACAAAUCGCAUAAUCACAUUUCUUAAAUUCGAAAAAUAUUAAAAAUUUAAGUGCUUCUAUUUGCUCUGUGAUAUGAUGACUUGAAUGGGUUAACAAGUACGGAAAAAGGUGGUGUGUGUGCGUGUGUGUGUGAGUGUGAGACAGGAAGAUAGAGAGAUGUGAUUAAUUUUUAAUGCGUCAUAUGAAUUGCUUCUAUUAUGUAGUUAUUUUAGGGUCUAUAAAUAAGUCAGAGUACCCGAAAAAUCCAGCUGUCUCAUUCCGAAACGAGAUCCGAAACAACAUUUGACCACUGAAUUGUCGAGACAUCAGUCAGUGACUUAACCACUGACAUAUCUAUGUAAAAGUCAGUAACUUCACGAUAUACUUCAAACUGACUCACAAGAAUGUGUCACCGCUGCACUGCAGGCCACCCAGUGGGAUACAUUGCUCUCCACUGACACACAAUCCACCCGCCCUUAAAAUUCCACUUUCUUACACUCCGAGCACGCUUGUAUCAAAAGCUUGGUCUGUCAAAGUGAGUUCAAUCCAAGUCUAAGGGGUGAGUAUAUCAUGCUUAUAACCAUUUACUUUAUCGUUGGAGGGCAGUGUAGUGUUCAUGAAGUCCAUCUUUCGUCGUCUUUCGGGUUUUAGGAAAAAAAUAUAAUCUUGAACUUUUAAUAGUUAACCCUAAUGCAGUGUGAGAUUUUGACCUGAUGGAAUUUGUUCAAUAAAACCUGAGAGAAACAUUCUGUUCUGUUCAUAAGAUACAAGCAGAUGGUCAGAUCCUCAUUUCCAGUGACGUCACAAAAGGGCUGCUCGUUGAUUGGUCAACACCUCAUUAACACAUGCUCGAAACCUCGACUCUUCAAUGUCGUUAGAAGUAGGAAUUUAGGUCUAUCUAGUGUUUUUCUCGUUAAUUUUUUUUAAACGCAUGUACUAUGCAUUUUUGUAACCAGCACAAGUUCUUUCUCCGUACAUCCUGGGAAGUGAAAGCUGCCAGCCCCAUCACCCUCACAUUGUCAGACACUCGGAUAUCGCCGGUCGCUUGCCAGAAGUCGAGCACGUGGCUCAAAAUGUGGAGAGUUCUUCCGAGCUGAGAAUAGGACUUGCGUCGCCUGCUCUGACCUGCUCUGAGAAAAGCUGCCACUGUGGUGCCGCCGCUCCUGUAGUCGGAGAUCCAUGUGUACGUCUUGUUCCUCCGACACGCUCUUUCUCAACCACUGCUCUACUCGAUCACUUCGUGCUUCUGGGGUCAAAGUUGAAAUAUGACGCAGGGCGGCGGCUUGCAGUUUCGGAGCUUGGAGAAUAAAGUGAUGAUUCAACUCGACUU